AGGUCUCUGUUCUCGCACUGCGGCUUGCAGGUUGGUUGGUUGUUGGUUGGUUUGGGUUGUUUUUACUUUGGGAAGACCAAAAUGGCUUUCUUCUUCUCUCUUUCCCAUUUCACACUGCUUCUUCUUCUCCUCCUCUCUUCUUCUUUGUUUCUCUGCCAUGGCUUCCCUGUCCACCAGCACAACCCACUUCACCACCGCCACCACCCUCGUUUUGCCAGUCACAAUUACAGAGACGCCCUCACCAAAUCAAUCCUCUUUUUUGAGGGCCAGAGGUCAGGCAGGCUCCCUUCAAACCAGAGGAUGACUUGGAGGAGAAACUCUGGUCUUUCAGAUGGCUCAGCCAUGCAUGUGGAUUUGGUGGGUGGAUACUAUGAUGCAGGGGACAAUGUGAAGUUUGGUUUCCCAAUGGCUUUCACUACUACAAUGCUUUCAUGGAGUGUGAUUGAAUUUGGUGGGCUUAUGAAAGGAGAGUUGCAGAAUGCUAAAGAAGCCAUUCGUUGGGCUACUGAUUACCUUCUCAAAGCUACUGCACAUCCAGACACCAUUUACGUUCAGGUUGGAGAUGCUAACAAGGACCAUGCUUGUUGGGAAAGACCAGAAGACAUGGAUACCCCGAGAAGUGUCUUCAAAAUAGACAGGAAUUCUCCUGGUUCUGAAGUUGCUGCUGAAACUGCUGCAGCUCUUGCUGCUGCUUCUCUGGUGUUUAAGAAAGAUGACCCAACUUACUCAAAGCUCCUGAUCAGGAGGGCAAUCAGGGUGUUCCAAUUUGCAGAUAAGUACAGAGGAGCAUACAGCAAUGGACUAAAGAAAUAUGUUUGUCCUUUCUAUUGUUCCUAUUCUGGUUAUGAGGAUGAACUAUUAUGGGGAGCCGCUUGGUUGCACAGGGCUACUAAGAACCCAGCUUACCUUAACUACAUUCAAGUUAAUGGACAAACUCUUGGAGCUGCAGAAUUUGACAACACCUUUGGCUGGGACAACAAACAUGUCGGAGCAAGAAUUCUUCUCUCCAAGGCAUUUCUUGUUCAAAAAGUGCAGUCUCUCCAUGACUAUAAAGACCAUGCAGAUAAUUUUAUCUGUUCUCUAAUUCCAGGGGCCCCAUUCUCUUCAGCCCAAUACACUCCAGGUGGGCUUCUGUUCAAGAUGAGUGACAGUAACAUGCAAUAUGUGACUUCUACUUCAUUUUUGCUCUUAACCUAUUCCAAGUACUUGAUCUCUGCUCGUAAGGUUGUUAACUGCGGUGGAACUGUUGUUACUCCAAAUAGGUUAAGAAACAUUGCCAAGAAACAGGUGGACUACCUGCUAGGUGACAACCCCUUGAAAAUGUCCUACAUGGUGGGAUAUGGUCCGAGAUACCCACAGAGAAUACACCACAGGGGAUCAUCUUUACCGUCGAUUGCAGUACACCCAGCUAAGAUCCAAUGCUCAGCAGGAUUCAGUGUGAUGAACUCACAAUCCCCAAAUCCGAACAUUCUUGUGGGUGCAGUAAUAGGUGGACCAGACCAGCAUGAUAGGUUCCCAGAUGAAAGAUCAGACUAUGAGCAGUCAGAGCCAGCCACUUAUAUUAAUGCACCAUUAGUAGGAGCAUUGGCUUAUCUUGCUCACUCAUUUGGCCAGCUCUAAGUUCCCAACUCAAUGGAUUAGGCGUUGGGUUUCUCUCUCAAUUUUUAGUUUUUUUUUUUUUUUUUUGUUUGUUUAGCUGGAUGUGAGCCCCAAUGGUUAUAUGGUUGGGGACCUAAGGCUGGAGCCCUCCGAACCAUGAAGAUGAGGCACAUUGGUCAAAAGAAGUAGAUUAUUACCCUUGUUCAUGUUUUGAAUUUCACAUUAUUGUUAAUUAACAGCCUUUAACCUAUGGUGUGAGUGCAAGUGUCGUGCCAAUUACGGCGUUUAUGUAUGUAAAGUAUGAUAUGGCUAGUUGAAGCUUUUCACUGUGUUAUUCCGUUUUGAAA